AUUAUGUGGAACUGGGCACACCUUAUCCUUUCUACCCCUGUUACGCUUCCGCAGGAAAAACGCUGAGUGGAUAGAAGCCAGCCAAGCGAUAAUAUCAGUUCCAUGAUCUUGGUUAGUAAUUAGAAAAAAAGAGUAAUGGCUUCAGUACCAUCAUGUGCAACUCGUCUACUCUUCGCUUCCAAACCUCAAAAGCCUCCAUCUUUAUUGCCCAAAUUGAGUUCUAAGUUUCUGGGCAUGCAAAAUAAGGGCAGUUGGGUGAGACCCUGCAGAAUUGGUCCCUCCAAUGGGUCAAGAGUAAAGUGUUGGUUCAAGUUUGGUAAGAAUGGCGUUGAUGCUGAAGGAGCUGGCAUUUAUGGCAGUCAAUCCCGUGAUGACUUUGAUAGAGAUGAUGUUGAGCAGUAUUUCAACUACAUGGGGAUGCUUGCUGUUGAAGGUUCAUAUGACAAGAUGGAGGCUCUUCUAAGUCUAAAUAUCCAUCCAGUAGACAUCUUGUUGAUGUUGGCUGCUUCAGAAGGUGACAAGCCCAAAAUUGAAGAGUUGUUAAGAGCUGGAGCAAGUUACACAGUCAAGGAUGCAGAUGGACGGACUGCACUUGAUAGAGCCAAUGAAGAAAUCAGGGAAUUCAUCAUUGGGUUCUCAGUUCAAAAGGCAUGAUGUUUAGAUAAAUUUACCAAUCCAUUAGCUUGUAUCAUGCUUAGUAGUUGUUGCUUCUCAUGCUAUAAUCUGCAAGUUGGCGCAUUUAGUCAUUAAGUCUGUGCAUAAUGCAAGAGCGGGUAGACGAUAUCAAAGGAGCUUUUAGUUUAACUUUA